AUGGCACCAAAGAAGAACGAUACGGAGGUUAACAUGGACCAGUUGCAACAACAGAUGAGCAGGGUUGUUGUAACCGAGAUGGGUCCAACGAUGGGAAGGGUAGACUCGAUGGAACAAACGCUUCAAACGAUGCAAGGACAGCUUAACAGCAUCUUUGCUCGUUGGGAGCAGAAGGCGAAGGCCAAGGAGGAAGAACAACGGAGGUUGAUGGAGAAAGCCCGCGGUAAGAGCCACGUCAGUGACGAGACUCGAUCUGAGGGCAAGAUCGGUCAACACAAACACCUGGAGGACGGUGAGCAGAGCCUUCUGGUGGACCAAACUCCGAUCGACAGUCGCGGCGAUGAAUCAGGGGUCCGACAUGCACAGAGGCGUGGAUCUCGGUUUCACGAUGACUACGACGACGACAGAGGACGGUCUCUGACACGGAGGUUGGAGCUGCCUCUGUUCGACGGGGAGAACGCUGACAGCUGGGUUCUCAAGGUCGAACAGUACUUUGAGAUCCGCGAGUACUCGGAGGAGGAGAAGCUACGCAACGUCAGGACGUGCUUCGACGGUGAGGCCUUGCUGUGGUACCGUUGGGAGCGUGAUCGGAACCCAUUUCGUAGCUGGAACCAGAUGAAAUAUCGGGUACUGGAGCAGUACUCGUCCAACAAGGACACCUCCGCCGGCGAAAGGUUACUGACAUUGCGACAAACUGGCACCGUCCGGGAAUACUGUCGCGAUUUCAAAAACCUCGCCAUGAACGCACCUGAGUUAACGGAGGAGGUCUUGGAACUGGCAUUCAUCGUUGGGUUGAAUACGAAGAUCCGCGCCGGCGUGAAGUUAUUUGAACCGCGCGGAUUGCAAAAACUGAUGGAGACGGCGACGAAGGUAGAGGACUGGUCCGGCGAGGGCGAGUCAUCGCCGCCUAAGGGAGGACGCUCGAAUAGUUUGGGCCUUUCGACCACGUCACCAAAGCCCAACUCGGGGGUCCAAACUACAACACCAAAUCGUUCGAAGCCUGGCCCAGUUUCGACAAACCCUAAUAAUCGAAGCGGGGGCCGCGCGACGACGACCCAUGGGCGUUUGAAACCACCGUUUCGGCGUCUAACACCGGAGGAAGUGGCGAAAUGGCAGGCGGAGGGACUAUGCUUUAAGUGCGAUGAGAAGUGGCAUCGUAAUCACCUUUGUUCCAAACCGGAGCUGACAGUGUUAGUCACUCGUGACGAUGGUUCUGAGACAGAGCUAGUGGAGGAUCCUUGCGAGCUAGAGGUGGAGGAGGAGGUUAAAGCGGUUGUGGCAGAGGUUUCAAUCAACUCCGUGGUAGGGCUGACAUCUCCGAAGACAAUGAAAUUGAAGGGGAAGAUCGGCACAGAAGAGGUGGUGGUGCUGAUUGAUAGCGGUGCUUCCCACAAUUUCAUCUCUGAGGGGUUAGUUAAGCGUUUGAAGUUGGAGACAUGUAGUACGGCGAAGUAUGGGGUCUUAGUCGCAGGAGGAGUCAAAGUUCAAGGCAGAGGAGUGAUUGAAGAGGUUGAUCUGGUGCUUCCAUCAUGUACGAUCUGUACCAGUUUCUUACCAUUAGAACUGGGCAUUGCAGAUGUCAUUUUGGGAGUCCAGUGGCUAGAUACCUUGGGUGAGAUGAGUGUUAACUGGAAGUUUCAGUGGAUAAAGAUCUUGUUGGAGGGAGAUUGGGUGACAAUACAAGGCGAUCUCAGUCUCCACUCUGCAGCAGUGUCGCUUAAGUCGCUAUGGAAAGCACUGGGAAAGGAGGGCGAAGGAAUGAUUGUGGAGUAUGGAGGAAUACAAAAGGAUGAGGCGUCAGUUCCUGUGGCUAUGGAUGGGCAAUGGAGAGCGGUUCUUGACCGUUAUGCUCAGGUGUUCGAGGAACCAACGGGCUUACCUCCUUCGCGUGGGAAGGAGCACGCGGUCAACUUGGAGGAUGGAGCUAAGUCAGUCAGCGUCAGACCAUUCCGGUACCCGCAGACACAGAAGGCAGAGAUCGAGAAGCAUAUCACUUCUAUGUUGGCUGCAGGCAUUAUUCAAGAGAGCAGUAGUCCGUUCUCUAGUCCGGUGCUGUUGGUCCGAAAGAAUGACGGUAGCUGGCGGUUUUGUGUCGACUACAGGGCACUCAACCGCGUGACAGUGGCGGAUAAGUACCCGAUCCCGAUGAUCGAUCAACUCCUCGACGAACUACAUGGAGCUAAGGUGUUCUCGAAACUUGAUCUUGGCUCAGGCUAUUAUCAGAUACGGGUGAAGCAAUCAGACGUGCCCAAGACAGCAUUCCGCACUCACGACGGCCAUUACAAGUUCCUAGUAAUGCCGUUUGGGUUAUCGAAUGCGCCUGCUACGUUUCAGUCCCUCAUGAAUAAAAUCUUUCGACCGUUCCUUCGGAAGUUUGUGCUAGUCUUCUUUGAUGACAUCCUAGUCUACAGCAAGACUGCGGAAGAGCAUCAGGGACAUUUAGAAACGGUGUUGCAAGUCCUGCAGGAGCAGAAGCUGUAUGCAAACUUCAAAAAAUGCAAGUUCGGCAGCUCCACAGUGGAGUACUUGGGUCACGUCAUCUCGGAGAAAGGAGUAUCUGCUGAUGAUGACAAGAUCAGAGCAAUGGUAGAUUGGCCAAUUCCUAGGAAUAUCAAGAAUCUGCGAGGGUUCUUAGGCUUGACGGGAUAUUACCGAAAGUUUGUGCGCAGUUACGGGAGUAUUGCGUGGCCACUCACAGUGCUGCUUCGCAAGGAUCAGUUCCAGUGGGGAGCGGAAGCCACCACAGCCUUUGAGGCUCUGAAACAGGCGAUGUCGUCAGUACCGGUCUUGACUAUGCCUGACUUCAUCGCCCAAUUCAUUGUCGAGUCUGAUGCUUCAGGAAUAGGGUUGGGAGCCGUUCUGAUGCAAGGACAGCAACCCAUCGCUUACUUUAGCCAAGCUCUGACUGAUAGGCAACGGGCAAAAUCCGUCUACGAGCGUGAACUCAUGGCCAUCGUGUUCGCCAUACAGAAGUGGCGUCACUACCUCAUUGGGAGGAAGUUCGUAGUGCGCACGGAUCAAAAGAGUCUGCGGUUUUUGAUGGAACAACGUGAAGUGAAUUUGGAGUAUCAGCGUUGGUUGACAAAGCUGCUUGGGUUUGAUUUCGACAUUGUGUAUAAGCCGGGCCUGGAGAAUAAGGCGGCUGACGCACUCUCGAGAAAGAUGGCAGUGACUGAAUUAUAUGCUGUCUCGGUAUCCACGGUGCUGCAACUGGAGAAGAUAGCAGAAGAAGUAGACCACGAUCCUGAGUUGCAUCUGAUCAUUGAGGAGUUAGCCAACGGAUCUGAUAAAUGGAAGGAGUAUUCUAUGGUUCAAGAGAGGUUACUUCGCAAUGGGAAGCUUGUUAUACCAAAAGGGUCGACACUGGUGGGAUUCAUUAUGGAGGAGUAUCACAGUGGGAAGAUGGGGGGCCACGGAGGGGUUCUCAAAACUCAUAAGCGGAUUGGGGGAACUGUUCUAUUGGACAGGGAUGAUGACGGACAUACGCCAUUUUGUGGCUGCUUGCGCAGUGUGUCAACGUCAGAAAUAUUCCACUUUGGCUCCAGGAGGGUUACUCCAGCCUUUACCAGUCCCAGAUAAGGUUUGGGAAGAUAUCUCCAUUGAUUUCGUGGAAGGUCUACCACGCUCCAUGGGGGUGAAUUCAGUGCUAGUCGUGGUGGAUCGGUUGACCAAAUACAGUCAUUUCAUCAGCCUCAGUCACCCCUUCUCAGCUACUGAUAUCGCAUUGUUGUUCAUUCAAGAAGUGGUGAAACUACAUGGCUUUCCACGCACUAUUGUCUCGGAUCGAGACAAGGUGUUUACAAGUUUGUUCUGGAAGGAACUGUUCCCCUUGUCAGGCACUAAACUUUGCUUGAGUACCGCAUAUCACCCUCAGACGGAUGGUCAGACCGAAGUAACGAACAGAAGCAUGGAGAUCUACCUACGUUGCUUCGCGGGAGAUAAACCGAGAACGUGGGCGAAGUUCCUAGCAUGGGCAGAGUUGAGUUAUAACACUUCUUUUCACUCAGCUAUCAAGAUAACCCUGUUCCGCGCACUCUACGGUCGAGACCCUCCAACACUACUGAAGUAUGAGACUGGUUCAACGGGAAAUGCGGAGUUGGAAGGUCAGUUGAAAGAUAGAGAUGCAACAUUGAUACUGCUUAAAGAACACUUGCAUAGAGCUCAGCAGAUAAUGAAGUUGAGGGCUGAGAAAUCUCGCCGUGAAGUAACUUUUGCAGUGGGAGAGUGGGUUUACGUUAAGCUCCGUCCCUACAGACAACAAUCAUUAGCUCGCAGGAUGAACGAGAAGCUCUCAGCAAGGUUCUAUGGUCCGUUAGAAGUGGAAGGCCGUGUGGGCCAAGUUGCAUAUAAGCUCAAGCUUCCAACGGAUACUAAGAUCCACCCAACGUUUCAUGUGUCGCAACUUAAGCUAGCGAUUGGGGAGACAGCAGUGGUGGCUCCACUGCCCGUACAACUCAAUCGAGAUGGAGUGCUGAUGGUAGAACCAGAGAAGAUAUUCGCAGAACGUGUCAACGCAACAACAGGACAGGCAGAGUUACUCAUUAAGUGGUUGGGAAUGCCGGUUCAUGAUUGUUCUUGGGAGUGGAAGUCUGCGAUCAAAGAAAAGUUUCCAGGCUUUGACCUUGAGGACAAGGUCAAUUUCGAUGGUGCGGGUAUUGAUACGUAUGAGGCGAGACGUCCACCUGUCCUCUUCCAAUACAAAAGGAGAGACAAAACAGCUCUACAAUGAGAGAGCUACAGAUGUCAUCUUUCGGUUGGAGAACGAGUAUAAGAGGAAUAAGGAAUCAAAGAGGUUAGCGUGAGCUGUCAUGCUGCACAUGGCCUGUCGAGUAGUAGGACGGUGUGAGGAGGCACGUGAGUUUGUCUUAUAUAAGUUGAGUCAUCGAGUCUGUUUGAGGUAUCAAAGUUGUUGAUCAUUGUUAAGGGGAGAGAGAGAAACUCCCGAGAAAAACUCAUCUGUACCUUGAGUGAUCAAUAAUAUCAGUAUUUGUCCUUAUU